AAAUUUCCAAAUUGUAUACAUAUUAUUAUGAAUAUUUUUUAGUGUAAAUCUGAGUCACUCCGGUAGGGGAAGGCGCUAUAAAAAUUCAAAAACAAAAUCGGAUAAAUUCGGUAGGAAUAUAGUUUAAAACAAUUCGCAAUGUCUCGCAGUCUUGCUUAAAAAAAGUGUUUGGUGUCUACUAUUGUCUACGUAGAAUAAAAUAUGUUAAAUGGCAGAAUUUUAAAAUACAGUACAGUUAAGAAAAAAAAAUCGUUGUACCUUAGGAUAUCACGAUGUAGUAUAUAAUGAUAUUGCUAUUUUAGUGGUGCAAAUUUAAUUUUUGGUAAUUUAGUAAUAGCUGGAACGACACCUCGGAUUGUGAUCGGGUAUUGUCUAUUGAUAGUUAUUAUUUUUUUUUUUUUGAAAGAACACACCGAUUUCUAAUAUUUAUUAAAUAAUCAAAAACGUUAAAAAAAUUAUUCAAACUUUACUUUUGUAAAAAGACAUUGAAUUUUUGAAAAUUUAAAUGACUAUUGAAAUCCGAUCACUCUACUAGGCGUCAUGUCAUUUCAGUUUUUAACUUCUGUAAGUCAUGUUCUGGAGUAUAAAAACUUUAGUGCUUACAGUUAUUUUGAGUUUUGACCCAUCGUCUAUUGACUGUCACUGUUUUGGGUUAAAAUGAUGCAGCCGCCGCUUAUAAGAACGUCAGCUGUUAUGGAGAUAACAAGAUCCUGUUAUUUCCUUAUCUAAUAUCCUAAUGGCUACCUGUGCGGUAAGCAAUACUAUCUUCUACAGUCUUCUGAUAAUACAAGAACAAUAAUAUACACACCUGUUGAGUUUUGCGUUGAUUUUUGUGUUUCAAUAAAAUAAAUGAGAGACUUGAAUUCUUUUUAAUUUACUUAAAACAAAAUUUAGGGGAUUUCAUGUUCUGCCAUUAUGUUUUUUAAAAUAAAUUUAAUAAUUCAUGAAAGUGGAUAAAUAAAUGUAAACCAUGUUGGGAAGCGUAGUGAAACUGGAUUGGCAAAGUACCGCUGAAGGCGAAACGAUCAUGCAGCAUUUUUACAAUCCACAGAGUAACGGAAGGAAAUUGUUUGGGAUACUCGAGCGUCCCAUGUUACCAAAUGUAGAAGAAGUAUCUUACAAAUUAUUUUUUGUUGGAAAAAGUGGAGCUGGAAAAACUGCUACAAUAGCCAGAUUAGCAGGAGCAGCAAAAAUAAAUGAUGAAUAUAUAGAAACGCGAGGCAUACGUAAAACUAAUAUUUAUUGGCCUGCAAAAGUUUGGGAUAGGAUUAUUUUGUUUAGACUCCAGUGCUGGGAUGCAGGAGACAGGGACUUAAAAAAAUUUGGACAUAUUUUACCAGUUUGCAAAGAAGAAGCAGAUGCUAUUGUCUUUGUAUUUUCAUUUAACGACCCGACUGGACUAGCUACCAUUUCAACAAACAUUUCUACAUUUAUGAACAAUAAAAGUAGUCCAGCUCCUAUUGUCAUUGGAACAAAACACUGUCCGGGGGAUUUUACCGCAAAAGUAACAGUAUCUGAUAUAGAAGAAUUUGAGAACACACAAAAAAUUACAGUUCUGAAAUUAAACAAAACAGUGGAUAACUUUGAUUCAAAAGAAAACGAACUUACUGCUCUUACUCUAAAUGUAAUUUGUGAACAACUAUGGAUUAGAGAUCAAAAUUACAUUAUAAAUCAAGAAAUGAACUCAAUGCAAAUUGUAUGAAUAUUGUGACUUGAUGUUUGUGAUGUUGAUUUCUUCACCGACAACAGUUUAUAAACAUAUAUAAUAUUGUGUUGAAAUAUUUUUCAUUAGGUUAUGUACAAACUCUAUCUACAUUUAAAUAAAGUUUGCUUAAUUUUGAAAAUUGUAUAGCUGUGAAGUAAUUUGUUAUGAUUGUGUAACAUGCAUACUGAACUAUUAUGUGUAGAUACUUAAGACGGGUGGACUGUAAAGUAGAAUACUUUAGUGUACAAAAUCUUUGCAAGUAUUUAGACUCGUUUAUUAUUGUGUAUAUUUGAAUAUUAUAAGUAUUUUUGUUCAUAAUAUAAAUCAUACUUCAUUUAUCAAAUAUUGAUUAAUUUGUUAGACUAUUACUAUUACUAUUUCA